GUUAUUGUAAUGUUGGCUAACAUGUCUGUUAUGUCGGCAUGACCUUCUUGUGAGAGUGUAUAUUGGUUAGUUUCUUAUCAUUUAUUCCACAAGUCAUUCACUUUGUUUAGAAGACGAACCUGAAAGAGCACCGGGUGACCUUUACUAAAACUAUAAAAUGGCCCAACCAAUCAAGGUUGUUGUAACCGGUGCCGCCGGGCAGAUUGCUUACUCUCUCAUCUAUCACAUUGCACAUGGAGAUGUUUUUGGUGCCGAUCAACCUGUCAUCCUACACCUGUUGGAUAUUCCCCCCAUGAUGGGAGUCCUCGAAGGUGUUGUCAUGGAAAUCGAAGAUUUGGCACUGCCGCUUGUCAGAGGGGUUGUUCCAACGGCUGAUGUGUCGGUGGGUUUCAAUGACGUGGACGCUGCAUUCAUGGUGGGAGCCAUGCCAAGGAAGCAGGGCAUGGAGAGGAAGGACCUUCUAUCAGCCAAUGUCAAGAUCUUCAAGGAUCAGGGCCAAGCACUGGACAAGUACGCGAAGAAGUCGGUGCUGGUAGUGGUGGUGGGCAACCCUGCCAACACGAACGCAUACAUCUGCGCCAAGUAUGCGCCAUCCAUCCCCAAGACGAGCUUCUCGGCGAUGACGCACCUGGACCAGAACAGGGCGCAGGCGCUGUUGGCGCAGAGGCUGGGUGUGCCUGUGGGGCAGGUGAGCAACGUCAUCAUCUGGGGCAACCACUCGCCCACCAUGCUGCCUGAUGCAUCCCACGCCCAGGUGCACACUGACAGCGGCCUGCUCUCUGUUCCCAAGCUCAUCAACAACAACACCUGGCUUCACAACGAGUUUGUGCCGAGAGUUCAGAACAGAGGAGCAGCGGUGAUUGCGGCGAGGAAGAUGUCGUCUGCGAUGUCAGCAGCCAAGGCAGCUGGCGACCACAUGCGGGCCCUAUGGCAGGGAACCCCUCCCGGCAAGUUCGUGUCCCUCGGAGUCAUCUCCGACGGAUCUUACGGCGCACCCAAGGACGUCAUGUUCUCCUUUCCUUGCACAGUCAAGGACAGAGUCUGGAAGAUUGUGCCCAAUCUUCCAGUCGACGACUUCGCCAAGGCUAAAAUGGCCAUCACAGGGAAGGAACUGACCGAGGAGAAGGAAGAGGCGCUGUCCGUGUGCCAGGAUUGACGGGAUGUGCCCCACGCAACCUCGGCUUUAGCCAACGCUUCUAAACUGUAAAGUAAUGACUACCAGGUUUGGCAGAUUCAUGCGACUGAGGCUAGGGGCACACAUCGUCACUCAAGCUGAGAACAACUCAACAAACAUCACUGCAAUUAUCACAACUUCUCUAGAACUAGAACACUAGAACAAGUAAACUAUAUCUACUCCUCACUAAAAUAGAGUAGAAUUUACUAGGAUUUCAAGCUUUUUGAAAGUUGUCUAAAGUUUAUAUCCUGUAGUUGUGUUCAUAAAAAAAUUGAAGACAAUUCGUUUUAUGCAUAAUAAAUAUUAUACCCUAAAAGGAUUGUUAUUCAUAUCAUAGAUCCAACGUUAACAUCAAGUAAUAGUUUUAUAAUUUCUUUUAAAAUUUUCUAAAUAUUAAUUUAUAUUUUCCCUUUCCCUUCUCUUAACUUUUAUUCGAUUGUGCUUCUUCUUCUUUCGCUAUUCCCAUUAAAACUUGUAUUUAUAUAAGCAUUUCAUUUUUUUAUAAUAUGGAUAUAAUUCUUGCUCCCCUAUAAAUCUUUUACUGAACUUUUUCUCCCUCUUUUUUCCUUCUCUCUAUUCUCAUAACCUACUAAUAUAUCCAUUGAACUGAGAUUUUCAGUUUUCUUUCAAAACGUCACAGUUAGAGUACAGCAUUAGAUUUUUCUAUACAUUUUUGAACUUUUAGAUCUUAUUGUGUGAUCAAUAAUUUUAAUUGUAUUUAAAUAUUUGAAUGUUAGUUAACACUCAGUGGCGCGACUCAAGAGUAGUGAAGGUAAUGGUGUUUACUGUAUAUAAGUGAGGUAUAUGGAAGUGUUUUGGUUUGGUUAAGUAGCGUUGUAAUUUAAAGGUUUUGAUGCUUUUAUUAAAAUGUGCAAGAAAAAUGUUCGUAGUUGGAAAUUUUAUAUUUUAUACAUUGGAGAUAUUUUUGUUACUUAUAUAUUAUAAUGUUGUAUGAUGGGAAUAAUAAAAUUUGUUCAACCAAA